AUGACAGAACUCGACUUUCUAUCACCCGAAGUUGAAAAUGAAACUGAUGUUGUGGGUGAGGACUUCGAACCACCCGAUAGAGAAACAUCAGUCCCUCCGACGCGAAAGUAUGACGGUAUAUGUUCCAACCCGAUUCCCAACUAUGGUCUUGGAUACGCGAAUGGAGAGGGAAAGGAGACAGUUGAAAUUUGUCAGAAGACCGUCAAUCCUCACAAUCGUGUGAGCUCAGAGAAUUUCAACAUCCAACGCGUCAUUGGCAAAGGAGGUUAUGGGAAGGUUUUUCUUGUGCAAAAGGUGGAUGGGGCUGACAAGGGAAAAUUAUAUGCGAUGAAAGUAUUGAAGAAAGCUCGUUUGCAUCCAUUCUUGGUUCGCCUGCAUUAUGCCUUCCAAAACCAUUCAAACCUGUAUAUUGUUUUGGAAUAUUGUCCAGGAGGCGAGUUAUUCAACUACUUGGAGAGAGAAGGUGCUCUCUUGGAGAACGCUGCAUGGGCACCGGAAAUCAUCAAAUAUGAGGGGCAUGGCAAAGCCGUUGAUUGGUGGAGUCUUGGUACCCUUCUCUUUGAUAUGUUGUCCGGUGGAAUUCUCACUGCUCCUCUAAAAUUCCCUCCAUCAUUCUCACCAGAAGUGACUAGUUUAAUCAAAGGCUUACUGAAACGAGAUCCAAAAGAGCGCCUGGGAAGCAAAGAAGAUGUUGAAGAAAUAAAACGUCAUCGGUUCUUUCGUCGGCACGAAAUCAAUUGGUCCGACGUGUUAAAUCGUCGCCUCAAGCCCCCUUUCAAACCACAUUUAUUGGCUGACAAUGAUACAUCUAUGUUCGAUCCCUCAUUCACUCGUCUACAACCCGUGGUCAGUCCACCGGAUGGUGGUCGCUCUAUUCCCACAGAUAUGUUUCAAAAAGCGGCUGUCGUCAGCUGUUAA